UUUACAGCGGAGCGCAGGUUGGUCUUUGUUAUGUUUGCGGUGCAAAUGCACUCUCUAUUAUGGAAACAUGGUGAGUGUGUGGCGAUGAAAGAGGAGAAGCAAACAAUUUAAACCCUUAGAAGCUGUUUUUGCCAGCUGGUUAGGAACAUCGUGAUUCUCUGCUUCUGUAAUAUCUGUAUUAAGCAAAUGUGUUUACCUUAAAAACUUUGCACAUUCAUUCAGGCAAACAAUUCAAGAUGGCAUGUUUGCUUAGUGUGCUGAUUUGAAAGUUGAAGUUAUAGCUGUGUGGAACAAAGACGAAGUUAAGCCAUGGCAACAAUCUGUGACUCAUGUAGACAGUACCUGAGGGAUUUUAUGGAAAUGAUAGAGAAAGCUGCAGAAGAACUCCUGGAAAAAAUAAAGGAGUUAUUUCAGAAAAUACAGAGCUGUUCCUGUCGAAAGCGAAAAAGUGAGCCAGACCGUCUUUACAAUCCAGUUCUACAGCUACAUGGAAAAGAGACUGCUGAGGAGUUCCUACAGCACAUUGAAGAAGCUUCAGAAAAUAAAGUGAUUGACUGGGAAAGCUUGAAGGCCUUGCAGGCACUAGCUGCUUCUGAAAAUCCAGGUCUACAACAAUCUGCUGCUCUCUACUAUUUGCAUAUCAGCGAACAGUUGAAAAGUGAGUUGCCUGAAGAAUACUUGGAACCAUAUCAUAAUUUGUUACAGUCCAGCGACUUGGAAGUGCAAAGGAAGGCAUCUCUAUCCCUGGUGAAUCUCUUAGUAGAGGGCAAUGUGAACAAAGAGAAAGUUGUACAGAUUGGUCUGCUGGAACCUAUACUGGAACUGCUUGGCUCUGGAGAUGUCACUGUGCAGUGCAGCUCGUGUGCAAGCAUUGCAUCUUUAGCCACCUCAGCAUUAAACAGACAAGCUAUUGCUUCUGAAGGAGGAAUUACUCCUCUGCUAGUUCUUUCAAAGUCUUAUGACCCUAGAGUGCAACAGAAUGCAGUGGGUGCCAUCCUCAACCUAUCAAGAUCAGAAAAGAUUCAACUUCUCCUGUGCAAAGAGGGAGCAUUGCCAGUCCUGAUCCUUCACCUACAAUCUCCUGACUCCGAGAUCCAGUAUUACAGUUGUGCUGCAUUGACCAACAUAGCAUUGAACCCACGUCACCAUCAGUCCAUGCUUCAAACAGGUGAUGGCAUUCUUCUUAAGAUGCUACUGUCUCUUAUGUCUUCCUCUGUGGAAAAGGUUUGCUGUCAAGCAUGCUCCUGCCUUAAGAACUUGUCUCUAAAUGAAGGUAUUCAAGCCGAUAUCGUGAGCAUGAACUGUUUGGCUCAACUGCAUGAAUUGCUGAAAUCCUCCAGUGAAAAUGUGAAUGAAGCAGCACUGAUCUUACUCAGCACUCUGUCAGAGAAUCAGUCCAACAUGGUUGCUAUUGUGUCAGAAGAUAUCUUGAAAACCUUAGGAAGGUUACUGUUGGUUCACAAAACAAGUCCUGGAGUCACUUCCCUUGUUUCAACCAUUAUCCACCAAUUAGCUACAAGUGACACUCAACAGGCCAUCACUGACAGUCGAUGUGCUGUGGCUCUGCUUCAAGUCCUGAAUUGCUUCAGAGUUGAGUCUGGCUCCUUGCUGCAGGUGACAGCUUGCUUGGCUGAGCUCACAAAGUAUGAGACAAUAGGAACACAAAUAAUACAAGAAUUAGAUGUGAACAAAAUCGCCCAUCUACUAAUGCUUGCAAAUCAGUCGGAAAAUAAUGACCUCUCCUUUCAAGCUGCUUGUAUCAUCUGCUACCUUGGAGUAGACGAAAAUUUUACAUUGCUGUUGAGACCACAUGCAAAAGAGGUUGUUGAUUACAUCUUGUAUUUCCUCAAGCAUCAGGAAGUUAGAUUUCAACAUCUGGGCCUUUUAACCUUACGGAAUCUAAGUAGAGAUUCCUACUUUGUAGCAAUGUUUGAUGAAUCUGAACUGAAGGUGCAACUCAGAAGGGUUUUUCAGCAGACUGCUGAAACACAGGAACUGCUCCAAGCUGUUUUAUUUCACAAGGAAUUCGAAAAACACAAAUGAUAACACUUAAGUGUUUAUUAGUGUUACAGUCAGCUAAACGCUGAAGAGCAUAGGAAAAAACAAUGAUACAUUUUGUAACACAAGUUGUAAUGAGGUCCAAUAUGUAUUGACAAUUAGAUAUGUUUUAAACAUAAUUAUCAGUAAAUUUUAAAAGUUGGUUUCAUUAAUGGUGCAAUCUUAAAAUAAUAUGUAUGGGAUAAUGAACAUUUUGUUCUUUUCCCCUCAGACUUUAAUCGUAAGAUCUAAGAGAUAAUUUAUUUACCUGAAAACUCCACAAAUGAAAUAAAUUAAGAUAAGCACAUGGGCCCUGAACUGUUCAUUGCUUCAUAAUAGUAGUAUGACUUCAGACAUAUUUCACUUCUACAGUUUACCAUAUUACUGAGCUUCAUAACGUGUGGCUUAGGUUUUGGUAUUUACUAACUUUAGUAUUAAGUAAAUUCCACAAAGUUGAUGAACUGCGUGAUGACAGUGUACGGUAAAGCUAAUAUUAUAAACAUAACUUUGAUCCAUUUCCUAAAAAUAAGCUUUUCAUUUUUGUUUUCAGAGUUCUUUUUUAAACAACCAUGCUUACAAGACUUCAAAUUCUUUGGCUUCUGGCCUUUUCACUUUGGAGUACAGAGAGUGAGAGCAGAACCAUUAAUGUCUUGUUUCGUGUGAAUUUCAUUUGGGCCAAUAAAAAGAAGUGAAGUUUAAGUGGAAUGGCCAGUGUGGGAGUGGACAGUUAGAGUGAGGAACUGAGACUUUGGCUUCAGUGAGAGGAGGUGGGGCAUUUUGGAUCUGCCAUUGUGUGAAUGGGCUAGUGCAGCACUCUGAUCUCUGAGGCUUUGACAAGGAGAUAGAGGCAAAUAUCAGGCAUGUAAAGAUAAGUGUCUUUUAAUAAAAGAUACCAAAUCACAACUAAUUAUCUAGAGUGGGGAUGCUGGAUCAGGUGAUGUUUUGUAGCAGCAUGAUGUGGGAGCUGUUGGACCCCAUUGUUUUUCCUGAUUACCAGAUCUGCAGCAAGUGGAACUCGAGGAACUUCGGCUCAAAGUUGAUGAGCUGAAAUCUGAGCUUCAAACACGGCAAUGCAUCUGGGAGGGAGAGUAACCUGACACGGUGUUUCAGAAGGCAGUCACACAUAUUAGAUUAACUACUUCAAGUUCAGUCUGUGGCCAGAGACGAGAGCUUGACUGAGUGAGGGGAUUCAAGAAGAGUGCUGAAGAGGCUUUGAGCUUGCCCAGCAGGUCUGAGAUUGUUGCUCCCUAUGAGGAUGAGAGUGGAAGCUGUAGAAAUGAUGAGGAACCAUGGAACCAUGAUUCAGGGAGCCAUUCAACAGAGAGGAUAGAAGAGAAUUGUAAUUGAUGAUAGUAUAGUUGGGGGAAUAGACAAUUUAUUGCCAUAAAAUCAAUAGUCCCAAAAGCUGUGUUGCCUGUCUGCUGCCUGGGAUUGGGAAAUCUCAUCUGACCUGCAGAGGAAUUUGGAGUGGGAUGGAAAGAUCUAAUUGUUAUGAUCUAUGUAGGUACAAAUGACACAGGAAGAAAAAAAGAUUCUGCUGAGGGAAUUUGAGCAGCUUGGCGCUAAAUCAAAACGUAGAACUAAAAGGUAAUUAUUCUGGAUUGUUAGCUGAGUUUGUGCAAAUUGGCACAAAGUUAAUAAGAUCAGAGAGUUAAAUACGUGGCUAUAAGAUUGGUGUGGGAAAAUUGGGUCUGAAUUUGUAAGGCAUUGGCACCAGUAUUGGGAAAAGAGGAAGCUGUUCUGAAGAGACAAGCUCCAACUGAACUAUUCUGGGACCAGGGUUCUGGUGAAUUGCAGAACCAGGACUAUGGAUAGGACAUUAAACUAAAUAACAGAUUGGUUCAACAGCUUGGGAAAGGAUGGAUAAAACACAAGAGGUAGAGAGCGCAGAAGAGAUUGCUUAAGUCUCCAGAAUAACAAACAAGACAAAAAAUUCAAAACAGAUAAGAAUUUAACUUCAGUCAAUAUGGAGACAAAAUUGAAAAGAAAGGUGGUGAAUACAGGACUGCGGGUGUUAUAUUUGAAUGCACACAGUAUACGGAAUAAGGUAGAUGAACAUGUAGCACAGUUAGAGAUAGACAAGUAUGACAUUAUGGGCAACACUGAGUCUUGGCUGAAACAAGAUCACAGUUAUGAGCUUAACAUUCAAGGAUAUUUAUUGUAUUGGAAAGAGGCUGGUGGGUUGAAAGGGGUGGGGUAACUUUGUUGGUUUUUAAAAAAAUAAUUCUUUAGAAAGUGACAUAGGAUCAGAAGGUCUAGAAUCGUUGUGGGUAACAUUGAGAAACUGCAAGGGUAAGAAGAUCCUAAUGGGAGUUAUAUUCAAGCCUCUGAACAGGAACCAGGACGUGGGGCAAAAAUUAUAACAGGAGAUAGAAAAGUCAUGUAAAAAGGAUAAUGUUCAGAUGGUCAUGGGGGGUAUUUGAAUAUUCAGGUAGAUUGGGAAAAUCAGGUUAGUGCUGGAUCCCAAAAGGGCACAAUAUAAAUGCACUUGUUUAUUAAAAUAGGAUUGAGCAGUCAGUAUAGAUUUGUAAUCAGGAAAUCAUGUUUGACUAAUCUGUUCAAAGUUGUGACUAGAGUUAAGAAGACCAGUGCAGGUGAUGGUUUUAGACUUUCAGAAGACUUCAAAUUAGAUCCCAUAGAGAAAUUCACUGGAGAGGGUGAAGAGCACAAGGUUCCUUGGUGUGCAUCUAAUGGAUGAUCCAACUUGGAACCAGAACACCACCUCACUAGUCAAGAAGACACAACAGCUGGAGUUUUUUUUUGUUGCGGGGCUUGGGGAGGAUACUCAUUUUACAUGUCUCCAAUUUGGGUGCUUUCUCAAUUAUCUUCUUUUGUAUUAUAUUAUUAUUGUAUGUUUAUUUUUGCACUGUAUUAAUGCUCUUCAUUUCGAUCUGGGGCUUUUUUUUAUCUGUAGCGAUGUAGAAAAUGUAUUAAAAAAACUAAUAAAAAAAAGAAGACACCACAGCGUUU